CUCCCCUCAACGCCGGCACGGGGCAGCCCUCGGCCGGGCCUCCCAGGGCCGCGCCGGCCUCCUGACCCCCGCGUAACCCGGCCCCGGCCCGGUUUCCAUCUCCCCUUCUCCUGGCUUCGCCUGGCCUCGCCCGGCCGCGCCGCCGACCCGCCGCGCCCGGGCGCCCGCCGGUCCUCCGGGCGUGUUUCCCAUGCUGCACCGCGGCGCGGCGGCGCUCUGGCCGGGCUGUCGCUGUCACCGCCAGCAGGAGGCUGAGGGAAGGCGCCGCUCGCCCCGCCGGAGCAGGAAGAAGCCGCCGCCGCCAACUUCCCCUCGGCCUCCCCUCCCCUCCCCCGCCGACCGCCGCCGCCUCCCCUCCCCCGCGCCCCGCCGCCGCCGCCCCGCCAUGCCCGGGGCCGCGGCACGGGCACUCUGAGCCGCCGCCGCCGCGCCCCGGCCCGGCCCGCCUUCUCUUCGCAGCUUUGCGGCCGGUUAUUGCACUUAAGAAUGAACAUUGAAGACAAGCUGGGAGGAUUAUUUCUUAAAUGUGGUGGCAUAGACCAAAUGCAGUCAUCCAGGGCUAUGGUAGGGAUGGGUGCAGUAUCUGACCAGUCUGGAGUAUCGGGAGAACGACAAGAGGCAGUGCUUCAAGAUCGGACUAUGGCGCACCAAGAAAUUCUCGCAACAGACGAAGUGUUACAGGAAAGUGAACUUCGACAGCAAGAGAUGAUUUCACAUGAUGAACUCAUGGUCCAUGAGGAGACGGUAAAAAAUGAUGAUGACAUGGAUACGCAAGAUAGACUUCCUCAAGGGCUGCAGUACGCUGUUAAUGUCCCUAUCAGUGUAAAGCAAGAAAUUACCUUUACUGAUGCAUCUGAACAACAGAAACGAGACAAAAAACAAAUACGAGAGCCAGUAGAUUUGCAGAAAAAGAAGAAAAGAAAACAGCGUUCACCAGCAAAAAUCCUUACAAUAAAUGAGGAUGGAUCACUUGGUCUGAAAACCCACAAAUCUCAUGUUUGUGAGCAUUGCAAUGCUGCCUUUAGAACCAACUACCAUUUACAGAGACAUGUCUUCAUUCAUACAGGUGAAAAACCAUUUCAGUGCAGUCAGUGCGACAUGCGUUUCAUACAGAAGUACCUGCUACAGAGGCAUGAGAAGAUUCAUACUGGUGAGAAGCCAUUUCGUUGUGAUGAAUGUGGUAUGAGGUUUAUUCAGAAAUAUCACAUGGAAAGGCACAAAAGAACUCACAGUGGAGAGAAGCCUUACCAGUGUGAAUAUUGUUUGCAGUAUUUCUCCAGGACUGAUCGUGUGCUGAAACAUAAACGUAUGUGCCAUGAGAACCGCGACAAGAAACCGAACAGAAGUGCCACCAAAGUUGGCUUUUUGCCAUCGGAGGAAGAUUCUGGUUUCUCUACGCCUAUGAAAGACAGCUCCUUGCCAAAGAAGAAAAGGCAGAAAACAGAGAAGGCAAAGUCCGGGGAUAAGGAUAGUACGGAUAAAUCAGAACAGAAGAAGGACAAAAAUGACUAUUUGCCUUUGUACUCUUCUAGUACUAAAGUAAAAGAUGAGUAUAUGGUAGCGGAAUAUGCUGUUGAGAUGCCGCAUUCUUCGGUCAGUGGGACGCACUUAGAAGAAGCAAAUUCUGGAGAAAUACACCCACCUAAGCUCGUUCUCAAAAAAGUUAACAGCAAGAGGAGUCUGAAACAGCCACUUGAGCAAAGUCAAACCAUUUCACCUUUAUCCACGUAUGAAGACAACAAGGUUUCCAAGUAUGCCUUUGAUCUUGUGGAUAAGCAAAGUUUACUGGACUCUGAAGGUAAUGCUGACAUUGAUCAAGUUGACACAUUACAGGAGGGGCCCAGUAAACCUGUACACAGCAGCACUAAUUAUGAUGAUGCAAUGCAGUUUUUAAAGAAAAAGAGGUAUCUACAAGCAGCUAGUAAUAACAGUAGAGAAUAUGCCUUGAAUGUAAGUACCAUAGCAUCUCAACCUUCAGUAACACAGGCAGCUGUGGCCAGCGUCAUUGAUGAAACUGCUACAGCCUCAAUAUUGGACACACAGGCACUGAAUGUUGAAAUUAAGGGUAACCAUGACAAAAAUGUCAUUCCAGAUGAGGUACUGCAAACUCUGUUAGAUCAUUAUUCGCACAAGGCUAAUGGACAACAUGAGAUAUCUUUCAGCGUGGCUGACACUGAGGUGACCUCCAGUAUAUCAAUCAAUUCUUCUGAAGUAUCUGAGGUCACCCAGUCUGAGACAGUUGGCACAAGCUCUCAAGCUUCCUCAUCAGAUAAAGCUAGUAUGUUACAAGAAUAUUCAAAGUUUUUACAACAAGCUUUGGACAGAACUAGCCAAAAUGAUGCCUAUUUGAACAACCCGAGCCUUAAUUUUGUGACUGAUAACCAGACUCUUACAACCCAGCCAGCAUUUCCUUCCAUGGAGAAGGUCUACACGUCUAUACCCGUCAAUAGCUUUCGAUCGGGAAUGAACUCUCCAUUAAGAACAACUCCAGACAAGUCUCAUUUUGGACUAAUGGUUACUGAUGCGCAGCACCCUUUUCCCUUUUCAGGUGAUGAGGCAAAUCAUUCUUCUUCCUCCUCUACACAGGACUUCUUGGAUCAAGUAACUUCUCAGAAGAAAGCAGAGGCACAGCCGGUUCAUCAAGCAUAUCAAAUUAGCUCCUUUGAGCAGCCCUUUAGAGCUCAGUACCAUGGGGCAAGAGCUGGAAUGUCAUCUCAGUUUAGCACUGCCAAUGGACAGGUGAACCUUCGGGGACCAGGGACAAGUGCUGACUUCCCAGAAUUUCCCUUGGUGAAUGUAAAUGAUAGCAGAGCUGGGAUGACUUCUUCACCCGAUGCCACAACGGGCCAGACUUUUGGCUAAGAAAUCUUUGUAAAUAAUACCGGCACUUUAGAACACAUUUGUCAAAAGGGGGUUGCUCUGUAUAAGAUGGAGUUCUGUACAGCUUUUAAGAGCGCUAUGUUAAAACAAAAGUAAGCUGAUAUUAGCAAGACCAAUAACUGCUUUUCUUUUUUUUUUUUUUUGGGUUAGUCACCAGUCAUUGCAUUGAACUGCCUGAUGUUGGUGCCCCUGUCAGAGGCAGUUUAUUAUUCACUUGUUUGAAUCCAGAAAAUAUUUUACCUUCUAUGAAAUUUAAAAUAAACAAAAUCCCCAGGUAAGACUUUCCCCCAUGAUUGUUUCCUUACUGGUUUCCUUGUAUGCUUUGGGAGGACAGUUUAUUGUCUGAUACUAUUCAUAUUGUCAUUUCUAAGCUUGUCAGCAUAGUCAUUGCUCUUCAGCAGGGAAUCAACAUGGAAUAAACACAUAGAAUAAACAAGAAGUUUCAAGGUCAAGCAAAUAUGGCUUUAAAAUACGGCAUUUUCUAGGAAAAUAAUAUUUCUUCCAUCUCUCAAAAGUAAUUUUAGACCAUGUGCCCUUUGUUUCUGCUUUGCAUCACCUUGAGUUGUGUUUGGAGGAAAAAAUGAAUUCUGAUAGACUAACUCUACUAUUUAAAAGUCCGAUUAAUUUAAAAUACUUUAAACACUUUUUUAAGCAAAAUGCCUAACUGCUGAAGCCUUUACUUCAUUUCUGAAGUAAUGUGUAUUUCUUUGUACAGCUGAAUCUAGAUGUAACUUUUUAAUGAAUUUUUCAUACGCAGAUAACAAGAUUUUGAAGUUUUAGUUAAAAUACUCCGUAGAUGACAUUCCCAGUUGCAUAAUGCUUACACAAAAUGUGUAUUCCAAGAUUUAAAAGCUUAAUUGUACCUUACCCUCCAUACUCAUAAUGAUUAACGUAGAGCACUUAGUCAACUUGAUAGUUUUUGAUUUCUCAAAAAAUAAAACCAUUUUUAGGUUUGCUACGGUUGCAUCAUUUUCAUCUCAUCCAGCUCCAGUUAGUCUUUUUUUUGAGUAUACAUUGAGACUGGGUAUUCUGAGCUUCUGUAAAAACUGUUUUAAUUCUCUGUCUAGAAUUUUGACAAUUCGGAUCAUUAAAUUUAUUGAAGUAUCCCCGAAAGCUGAAGAAGUGGGCAUUCAGAUUCCCGAUCUUUUUAGUGUUUGCUUAAUGAAAGUCAUUACAAUUUUACCAACCAAAACCGCUGAAUAAUGUUAGUGAACAGGAUUUCUUUUUCCAGCCUAGGCAAGUGAUCAGAAGUUUUCGUUGCAUUUCACAGUAUAAAUAAACUACAAAGUUUAUCCCUGUACCAUGAAUAUGUUUUUUUGAAUAGUACUUUGUCUUGAAGUAUGCAGUAUGGUACGAUAAGUAGUUCUGUGUGCAUUUUUAAGGUGGUAAGAUUUGAGUAGCAUAACUAUUGUGUAGUUUAAGUUAACAAGUUACAGAUUUUUGAACUGUAUGUUCAUUCUAUUGCACCUUCCCCUAAAGGGACACUGUCUGGUAGUUUAAGGCAGUUUAAGCCUAAUGUAGGCUGAUUAACCAGGGAAAAACACACACACAUACACACACACACACGCGUGUGUGUGUGUAUAUAUGAUGGAUGUAUGUAUAUGUUUUGUGUUGUUGGUUUUUUAAAUAGGAUUACAUACAUCUUCUACAGCGCUAUUGCUAGCUCUUAUCUCUCAGAUGAAGCCAUCAGCUAGGAGAAAAGACUGCAUCUCGAGGAGCUAAAAUAGAUGCUGUCUUUUAACAUAGGACUUGUGCAGGACGUAGAACAGUUCCCGCCUCUUCCCAAAGCAGUAGCAAUAUUUUUUUUUUAAUUUUCAUUACUAGGAAGCCGAUCCCACUCUGUAUCUUUUUCCCUUACGCUAUCACUAUUACAGCACUAACUUUACUCGGUACAGUUGAGGGAGAAAGUGCAUUUGUUAUCCGUAGCUUGCUGCUUGCGUUGACAAGAAAUAAAAUUUAUGUCAAUUUCUUUCUUACUACUUUUGUAUAAGGAAACAGGUUCUGUUCUGAUUCAUUGACCCUGUGUAUAAUACAGAAAGAUGUUUCAGCGUGGUAUGACUUACCAGUAAUAUUGUCCAAAUACUUGGCCUUGAGUUAAGAAGAAUGAACAUCAAGGGAGAAUAGUAAAUUCUCUAUGGAUUAUUAAUAAUUCAUGUAAACAGAUUUCUUUGAAAGAAUGUUUCUAAACUGAUUAAUGUCUCUCUGUUUUUCUUCCUUUAUAGCCGGUUUGGUUUGUUGACUUUGCAUUCUAGUUUGCAGAGACAUAAUACUUAGGGCCCCUAUAUCCCAGGAAGCCGCCACCUCUUGUAGUGCAUGGUUUGUUUUCAGUGUUUCAUUUCCAUGACAUGCUGCCUUGUGCUGCCCAAAUAAUACUGUGUUGGCACCUUUGGUCUGACGUCCUGUUGUUGCAAGUAGAUGGCCAUUAAUAGUACUAUUUGUUAAACACAACAAGCAGCAAACUAAAAUAAAAGGGCUAGAUUCUUACUGCACUUCUCUGGCCCCAUAGGGAGGUAAGAGGAAUAAAGCCGCCCUCUCCCAGAUGAGAUUGACUCAGCUUUAUUUUAAAAAGUUGUUGCAUUGAUACUGUGCGGGGAGAAAGUGAUUGAGGAGUGGAAGGGAGUAGCUCUCGGUCCGUGCCAUCUUCAUACUCGGGAAUCACUGCUUGGGUGUGUGAGCGAGCAAGGUAUUGCACAGAGGGAAGAAACUUUGCUCUUCCCCGAGGCAAAGUGGGAAUCAGAUAAGGAACUUUUAUUCCUUAUGUCUCAGCUUAUUCCCUAGCCUCCUGCUGAGGCAUCACAGCUGUUCUCUGUGCUUUAGGACAGGUUGUCAAGUCCACGGGGACUAUCUUGUAGGGUUCUUCCACGUGUACAAUUAAAGCGGUGGUGGGAGUAAUUCAUCCACUGAUGCUUAAAGCUUUCUGCACUGGAGGAGUUAAUCAAAUAUACUACUAUGAUUUCCUGAGUACGUGCCCUUUUAUUCUGGAAUAAGUGCAUAUGUAGUUUUGAGAGGCUUCAGUAUGUAAAAAGGUCCUGCUUUUUAAUAAUUACAUUAUUUAAUAACAUUUUCCACUGCUCAUGUUUUGCCGCUUUUAAUCUGCUGCAGAUGCUCGCUCUUCGUUUUGGUCUGGUCAUUGUUCGUUUUUGUUAGUUUUCCCUGUAUGUUUGGAAAAAGGCGACUUUGGGGUUCUGUUCUGUUCUUGUACGGAUACAGUUCAGUCGGUCAGCAUGAGGCUGGGGUGAGCAUUUCUAUUCCACAGAGCUGACAACAGACGUUCUCACUUAAAGGUCACGCAAGCACUGAAUGGGGGGUCGGGGGGGGGGGCGGGGUGUGUAAGGUGGAAUUUUUGGGGAUAUCUCCUAGUGAUAGAGCAAUGAUGUUUUUAAAACAGAGGAAAUUGAUAACAUUUUAUUACCAAACUAUAUAUAUAUACACAAUAUGUGUAUAUAUGUAUAUAAGCACAUAUUAAUAGGCCAUAUUUUUGGUCCUAAAUUACUUGACAGUGUCCCUUUUAGCAUGAAUCCUUUGAUAUGUUUUACCAUUAAUAUAACAGACAAUGAAGGAAUCAGCUUGUAAUGGUAUACUAAUAGGCAUUUACAUUUUCUUCAUUUGAUUUGAGAAUGAAUUAAUCAUAAAUUACAAGGUUUGGGGAGAAGGAUUAACCAUGUGUAUCGCUGUAUGUUGGUUUACGAAUAACAAGAUAAACAAUUGAAAUUGGAUGAUAAAAGAGCUAUGUUUAUGAUCUCGUGUCUCCUAGUGUUGUCUUUAGGAAAAUGGUGUUUCAAGAAGAAAAUAGGACAAGGAAGUAUUCAUGUGAAAUAACAGUUGUAUUAUUUUUAUAUUGUACUUGUCAAUUUUUUCGGAUGACGGGAGCUUGUUAAUUGAGAAGUACAGUAAAAUCUUGCUAAUUCGCUGACGGCUAAUCAGAGCAUCCGAUAGGUUUUUACCUCCCCGAUGGUCUCUUCCCCACCUCUCUGCAAUGGUCUAAAACGUACUGUAGCGAGGUCUCAUAUUAGUGAUACUGUACUGCUUCGCCCAAGUAUACUGCAGAAUCUCUAUCAGUAUACUGGGAGGGAGAAGAAGUAUUGAGCACUAAAUUACAGUUGUCAAAAUAAAUGAACAAAGUACAUUUUGUGAUGUGACAUCCUUGCUUUUAUUGCCUGCUUCACUAUUUUCGAAAUUGUCAUUUGUAAAGGGUUUCUAAGGCAUUGCUGCGAAUUAUUGGGGUUCUACUGUAACUUUUGGAGUUUAUUCUAAAGUAUUCAUGUUCUCCUAUGGAAGCUUUCCACCUGGACAGAUACCUUAUAUUCCAUGCUUGUUCAGAAUAUUUUUAUAGUAUUUGUAUCAUAUGUAGUAACUAUUUGAAAUGAACCAGAAUAUUUGGAUGACACUCUGAAUUUUGCAGCAUUGGAUUACUUUCUGUAUGUAUAUUUGCUAACUAAAUUUUCUUGGCUUUGA